AUGCGGUCCUCUUUCCUCUCCUGGGCUAUCCUUGUAGCCUCGAGCUUCAUCCAGGUUGUCCUCUCUGUCCAGCAGUUGCACAAUCUAUCACCAUGGCUCGCAUCCACGCCUCUCCUCUCGUCUCGAGAUCUGCCCACCGGAACCUGCAACGACCAGACGCCAUGCGUCAACGGCGCCUGCUGCAGCAAGAACACGGGCCUUUGUGGCUACUCGCCCGCUGAGUGUGGAGCGGGCAACUGCUCUUCCAACUGCGACGCCAAGGCGUCCUGCGGCCAAUACGGCGUCCCUGGAUCGCAGAACUGCCCGCUGAACGUCUGCUGCUCGCAAUUUGGGCAAGUCUUUUCCAAUAAGACCGUUACUGAGAGCUUCUGUGGCUCGACAUCCGACUUUUGUGGCAAGGGCUGCCAGGCCGGCUUCGGCGGCUGCGGCGACGUCAACCGGCCGUCGUGCGGCGGCAGCUCGGCGAACAAGCGCACCAUCGGCUACUACGAGACGUGGGCCAACACGCGCAAGUGCGACGCCGUCUCGCCCGAGGACCUCAACCUCAACGGCUUCACGCACGUCAACUUCGCCUUUGCCUCGUUCGACCCGUCCACGUUUCAGAUCACGCCCAUGGAUUCCAACGCGGCCAGCCUGUACAGCCGCUUCACCGGGCUCAAGGCCAAGUAUUCAGGCCUGCAGACCUGGGUGUCAGUCGGCGGGUGGGCGUUUACCGAUCCUGGCCCUACCAGAAAGGCAUUCAGCGACAUGGCGGGCAGCUCAGACAAUCGGAAGGCCUUCAUCAACGGCGUCAUCAAGUUCAUGGACACGUACGGAUUCGACGGUGUCGAUCUUGACUGGGAGUAUCCCGGCGCGGAUGACCGAGGUGGCGUGAAGGCCGACACGGCCAACUACGUAACGCUCGUCAAGGAAAUGCGCGCCGCCUUAGGGUCCAAGUACGGCUUGACGCUGACUCUGCCCACGUCGUACUGGUACCUGCAGCACUUCGACGUCAAGGGCCUGCAGGACUCGGUUGACUGGUUCAACUUUAUGUCGUCCAAGUUCCUGGGGCCCUACCUCGCGUGCCACACAAACCUGACAGAGAUCGACAUGGGCCUGGACCUGCUGUGGCGGGCAGGAGUCGACUCAAAGAAAGUCGUGCUGGGCCUGGGCUGGUACGGACGGUCAUUCACGCUCAAAGACCCCAACUGCAACACACCCAACGGCAUCUGCCAGUUCAGCGGGGGCGCCAACGCGGGCAAAUGCUCGGACGCGUCGGGGAUUCUGAAUUUGCAGGAGAUCCAAGACAUCAUCAAAUCAAACAACCUGAAGCCCGUCCACGACGAAAAGGCUGCCGUGAAAUGGAUCACAUGGGACAGCAACCAAUGGGUCUCGUACGACGACCAGGACACGUUCAAGCAAAAGCGGAACUUUGCCAACCAGCGGUGCCUGGGCGGCACCAUGGUGUGGGCGAUGGACCAGGUCGACCAGAGCCAGGACAACGGGCUGGGGGCGGCGUACGGCGUGACCAACGAGCAGCAGAGCACGGCGAACCAGAUGGCGUCGGACUCGCUGGCCAGCAACGUGGCGUGCUACACGAGCGACUGCGGCGCGGGCUGCCGGCGGGGCACGUUCGAGGUGACGCAGAUGUCCGGGCAGCCGGGGCAGGUGUCGACGGUGGAGCGGUGCGAAAAGGGCAAGUACCGCAGCCUGUGCUGCAGCGACGGCUCGCACAUGGGCAAGUGCACGUGGCGAGGAUGGCGCGGCGCCGGUCUGAGCUGCAUGGGCGGCUGCGCCGACGGCGAGACCGAGAUGGCCCGCAACACGAACCACCACGACAAGAAGGUCGACCAGACCUGCAACGGCGGCCUGCAGAGCUACUGCUGCGCCGGCUUCAAGCCGGGGCCGUCCAUGGCCCAGCUCGCCAAGCAGGCCAAGGACGCCGCCAAGGACGCCGCUGAGGGAGUUGCCGAGCAGGCCGCGCUCGACCUCGCCGCCAAGGCCUUCUGCCGCGUCGCCGUGCCGGCCCUGCUGGCCCCGCUGGAGCUGGCCGAGGAUCUCAUCCCCAUCAUCGGCGAGAUCGCCGACGCCGCCGAGAUCGCGGCGACGCCCGCGCUGAUCAAGCUGUGCACCACCCAGAUCGAGAAGGCCGGCAAGGCCGAGUUCAAGGUGUUCGGCAAGAAGCACACGCUGACGUGGGACAAGCCGACGCAGAAGCCGACGACGCGGGCGCCGCCCAAGACGGACCACACGACGGCGUCGACCAAGACGGCGUCGUCGUGCAGCCGGAGGAAGCGCCAGGUCGACUUCCGCACGCGCACCAUCACGCGCGAGAUCCACGAGGAGGCGUGGAACGCGCCGGUGGUGCGGCAGUGCAACGGCGCCCUCUACCCGCAGGCCUGCCUGCACUACGCCUCCGUCUUCCAGGCAGAGGACCAGAUCGACAACAGCCGGCUCAGCUGCACGGCCAAGGCGGCCCGCCCGCCGCGCCCGGCCCCGGGCCUGUGGAACGAGCAGCACCACCGCGAGUGGUACCAGGGCUGGCUGCAGGGGCCCAACCUCGCCUGCGAGCGCGACGAGUUCCCGCCGGCCGUCAUCUGGCAGGGCCGCGACGGGUCGCGGGCGCCGGCUGUGUGGAUCCGCUUCCUGCCCGGGGCGCAGAACCUGGGGGCGGGCCAACUGUUCAACGGCGUGUGCGACGACACGCCGCCGGUGCAGACGCUGAACCGGCGCAUGGUCAACCACGACUACAACGCGUGCCCGCCGUGGGAGUCGUGGACGUCGACGCUGCGCACGCAGUACAACGUGCUGGAGCUGCAGUUCGUCAACACCCCGUCCUACCCGAGCGACCCGUGGGGCCUGAGCGCGAACCCGUGCUGGCCGUCGACGCUCAUCGACGACCCGGGCUUCGCCCUCUUCCUCGAGGACCCGUGGUACAACAACAACAAGGCCAAGCGGGCCUACGGCAGGGCGAACUACCCGGACCCGCCGCCGCCGGCCGUCACGCAGGGCAAGGUCAACCACCCCGGCUGGAACCGGAAGCGGAGCGGCGCGGCUGACGACGGCGGCGUCGAGGUCUUCGUCGACCCGGAGGAGCUGGUCGUCGUCGACGGCAACUCGAGCCGGCGCAUCACCGAAGACGAGCUGCGCGAGCACUACGGCAUCGUCAAGUGCCGCGACCCGGAGUGCCGGGCCGAGCAGCGGGCCGCCGGCGUGCAGUCGGCGCUGACGCUGCUGCCGCCCAGGACGGCGCCGCCUGCGGCGCCCGCCGAGGCCACGCCCGUGCCCGUGCUAGCGGCGGCUGCUGACGACGCGAGCCGGCGGGAGGACCACGCGGCGCAGCCGGCGCCGAGAGCGCCUUCGUCGCUGCACCUGCCCGCGGCGACGCCCGCGUCGGUGCUGCCUGGGUCUGGAUCGACGUAAAGGGGCAGGGAAGGGGGUGUGGGAUGGAAGGAGAAAGCAGGCGUUCAUUGCCCUGAACUGUGUUUGUCACGUAUUCCUAAUUAGUAGGCUAUUGGAUCAUGGCCAUGAGCCUCGAGGAGUUAGCCAGC